AUGGCGGCACGUCUGGCUGCAUCACGAAUUGUGCACGCCGGCCGCGGAAUCUCUCAACCUACACCAUUCGGAAAACGAAUGGAUCGAUUGUCAAAUCGAGUAUGGGGAGAGGUUGUCAUGCCAACUGACACUAAAAGUUUAAAGGUUGUCCGAGUAAUGUCUGCAGAACCAUAUGAAACCAAAGAACAAUUAUCACCGAAAUACUAUCCAAAUCUUCCGAUGUUUCAUUAUUUGACCAAAAUGCUACGAUUCCAUGGACUAUUUUUUGAUGAUCACGUAGUUUUCAGAGAUGUUCAAGAUAAUUUGAAAAUUAUUCGCGGAAAAGUUGUUCGGCCACCAAUCGGUCAAGGAAAGCGUGCACAAUUGAGAGGAAAGAAGUAGUGUGGAUGUUCUCGAAGUUUAAAUCUAGAUUAGAAGUUUUGUUGAUUUUUUUUUUACGUUUGUUUUAAUUGAAAAUAAAUUCUUUUUGAGGUUUUGCUACAUUUUUCCAAUAAAAUUAAAGUUUU